CAAGAAAAAGAAAAAAAAUAAAGAGAGAGAGAAGCAAGGUCAGACGUUGCUUAUCACAGCCUCUCAAUGAAGUCUGAGAUUCAGCACCAGAAUUUCUUGGCCUUUCAAGGCCUGGGUGGAGCUCUCCGUGGGGCACCUGCCAGGGAGAACUAAAAGGAUCCAGCACCUUGGGCAGGGGUUUUUAGAGCCCUGCUGGGGCCUGACCAACUUCCCCCUAAGGCCAGAGUGAAAGAAGGUACUUUUUUGUGAGGUGCUUACCAAACAUUUGAAAAGGAGGAAGCUUUCUGGCAAGUCUUCCAGAAGUCCAAGGCUGGUAUCUUUCUUCAAGCAAUCUGAAGAGAAGGCAAGGCCCCAGGGGAAGCUCGGAUAAAAGACCGAGAACGGCAGCAGCCCCUUACUUAGAUCCACCCAACUGCUUCUACCCCAGAUCUGGCACAAAAAAUGUCUCUGAAGUUACCGAGGAACUGGGAGUUCAACCUGAGAGCAGAGGCUGGGAAAAUAGCUCGGUCAAGGAGUGUGAUGACUGGAGAGCAGAUGGCUUCCUUCCAUCAGCCAUCACCCCCCAGUGCCCUGGAGCGGCCUCUGAAGAUCGGCUGGCUGAAGAAGCAGCGGUCCAUAGUGAAGAACUGGCAGCAGAGAUACUUUGUGUUAAAAGGCCAACAGCUGUUCUACUACAAGGAGGAAGAGGAUGCUAAGCCUCAGGGCUCUAUGUAUCUACCAGGAAGCACCAUCAGAGAAAUUGCUACAAAUCCAGAAGAAGCUGGGAAGUUUGUCUUUGAAGUUAUCCCAGCCUCAUGCGACCAAAAUCGAAUGGGACAGGACUCCUAUGUUCUCAUGGCCAGCUCACAGUCAGAGAUGGAGGAGUGGGUGAAAUCUAUUCGAAGAGUCACUGGAUCACCAUCAGGAGUGGUAUUUGGUCAGCGACUGGAUGAGACUGUGGCAUAUGAACAAAAAUUUGGGAAUUACUCAGUGCCCAUCCUGGUGGAGAAGUGCAUGGAAUUCAUCAGAGAACAUGGCCUGAAUGAGGAAGGUAUCUUCCGACUGCCAGGACAGGACAACUUGGUGAAAAAGCUGAGGGAUGCCUUUGAUGCUGGGGAGAGACCUUCUUUUGAACGAGAUACAGAUGUGCAUACCGUGGCCUCCUUGUUGAAGCUCUACCUUCGAGAACUCCCUGUCCCUGUGGUGCCCUGGGAUCAAUAUGACGGAUUUCUUCUGUGUGGCAAACUUAUGAAUGCAGAUGAAUCAAAGGCACACCAGGAGUUGAUAAAACAGAUUUCCAAUCUUCCCAGAGACAAUUACAACCUUUUGAGUUACAUCUGUAGAUUCCUACAUGAAAUCCAGUUGAACAGUGCGAUUAAUAAGAUGUGUGUGGACAAUCUGGCCACUGUGAUUGGUGUGAACCUCAUCAGGCCCAAGGUAGAAGACCCUGCUGUGAUCAUGACAGGGACUCUCCAGAUACAAAGAGUGAUGACCAUGAUGAUUCGAGACCAUGAAGUGCUCUUCCCAAAAUCCAAGGAUGUCACCCCAACUUCACCUGCCCAGAAACAUGACUCUAAGAAGUCUCCAGUCCCUCGGAGCUCAGUUGGCUGGGAUGCUGCUGAGGAUUCCUCCAUACCCCGAACAGAAAGUUUUAGUCAGAUGACCAAUGACGCCAAUAGCAACAGCUCUACUGGCCUAAAGACAGCUGACGAAACCCUGGAAUUGUCAGCCAGCAAAGCAAGUAAAGAACUCCCAGGAUCAUGGAAGCUGCAGUCUCGAAAAAGGACUCAGACGCUUCCAAACAGGAAAUGUUUCUUAACUUCAGCAUUGCAAUAUACCAACAGCAGCAGCAAAGUAGAGAUCUUUAACACAGAGUUCUGGUCCCCCUCCCCUGAAGGCAAAACCAGCGGACACAAAAGAACUCUGUCUCAGGACCUGCGGCACUUUUCAGACCUAGAACUGACUUCCCCAUGCAAUAACAUCCCCAGUGGCUCAUCACCUGUGGGUGACAAAACCAGCCUACCUGAUUUCCAGUCUUCCUCCAAGACCAAUUCUCUGGCUAGUUUAAACUCUGAGGAAAAAGAGUCUGCUCAGGAGGACCAGGAGUCUCUGCAGAAAGUGAUUUUAGAACUGAAAAAGGAAAUGGAUGCACAGAAACAGGUUUAUGAGGAACGGAUCAAAAGCCUCGAGAAGGAGAACUAUGACGUUUGGGCCAAAGUAGUGAGGCUGAAUGAAGAGCUGGAGCAAGAGAAGAAGAAGUUGUCUGAGCUGGAAAUCAGCUUUCAAAGCAUGGAACGUUCACGGCAGGACAUGGAGAAGAGGAACAAAGUCCUGGAGGGAGAGCUCAAAGAGUAUGCCAAGUUGAAGUUGACAAAGGAGCCCAAUUCAAAUGCUUGAUGUUGGAGAGGGCAGAGGGUGUUGAUUUAGGACACAGUCUGACUUAUGAGCAUCUGGGAUGUGAUGCAGACACAAUUACCUCUCUUUCCUGAUAGGGGACUUGGAAGCAAAAAUGGUCCUGGUGAGAGAAAGGACCAUUUGGGAAACAAACAAACAAGCAAAAAAUACCCUUUACUUCUGCCAGGAAGUUAAUAUGGUGGUCUACAUAGGAUGUGCCACAUGGAUCUCCCUAUUGGAUGAGUUUGGAAAGGGAUAAGACUUUUUCCUCUGUAUACCAGGAUGAGUGAAGAUGACAUCAACUCUUCUAAUAAUGAAUGUAAAAUGAAAAUAUCUCUGGAAAGCUACAGUUCAGGAGAAUUCAGAAAACCAGCUGGUUCUGGGCCAUUGAAUUUUGGUUUCCUGGUUCUCUGAGUUCUGAAUGACAAGGGACAUGCAGUGAUAAUCAAUCAACCCUUGUUUAUCUGUAGUAUGGUUGGGUUGCCUUUUGAUAUCCAGUUUUGAAUUUCCUACCAUUACUGCCUUGAAAUUGAGGCAAUCUGACUCAGUGGGACUCAGGACUUGGGUUCAAGUAUCAUCUUUGACACAUACAGGCUGUGUGACUCUGGGCAAGCCACUUGCAACUUGUACUUGCAGAGAUGGUGCUGAUAAGCAUUGAUAAAUUCUGUUUUCUCAUCUAAGUAUCCCCUCCAGGGGUCCUCAAACUACAACCCGUGGGCCAGAUGCGGCAGCUGAGGAUGAUUAUCCCCUUC